ACCUUCAGCUUUGCCAUCACCAGCUCGCAGCUCAAGCACCUCUCUCAAGCCGCUUUCCUCUACAGGACCGGUUGCUUGGUCACAUAAGCUUUUGGGGGAAACAUGAGGCUGUCGGUGGCCAUCCUCUGCGCCCUCGUCGCCGUGCAGGCGGCGGCGCUGCUCCUCGCCGGAUCGGCGGCCGCGGCCAGCGAGCUCAAGGUCGGGUACUACCACAAGAAGUGCAAGGGCGUCGAGAACGUGAUCAAGUGGCACGUCAUCAAGGCUCUCAAGCAGAACCGCCGCACCGGCGCUGCCCUAGUCCGCCUCCUCUUCCACGACUGCUUCGUCAGGGGUUGCGAUGGGUCAGUCCUGCUGGACAAGUCGUACGAGAACCCACACCCGGAGAAGGAGGCGCCGGUGAACAUCGGGCUGGCGGCGUUCGACCUCCUGGAGGAGAUCAAGGCGGCCGUGGAGAAGCGGUGCCCCGGCGUGGUGUCCUGCUCCGACAUCCUCAUCUACGCGGCGCGCGACGCCGGCAGCAUCCUCAGCAACGGCCACGUCCACUUCGACGUCCCCGCGGGCCGCCUCGACGGCGUCGUCUCCAGGGCCGACGAGGCCCAGGCGGAGCUCCCGGACUCCACCAUGACCGUGCAGCAGCUCAAGGACAACUUCGCCGCCAAGGGCUUCGACACCGAGCAGCUGGUCAUCCUCUCCGGCGCGCACUCCAUCGGCCAGGGCCACUGCUCCUCCUUCACCGGCCGCCUCUCCGAGCCGCCGCAGCAGAUCACCCCGGCGUACCGCGACCUCCUCAACUACAAGUGCUCCCAGGCCGCCAACCCGGACGUCGUCAACAACGUCCGCGACGAGGACGCCUCCGUCGUCGCCAGGUUCAUGCCGGGCUUCGUCAGCCGCGUCCGCAAGAUCAGCGACUUCCUCGACAACACCUACUACCACAACAACCUCGCCAAGAUCGUCACCUUCCACUCCGACUGGCAGCUGCUCACGGACGCCACGUCGCUCUCCAAGGUCCACGAGUACGCCGACAAUGCCACCCUUUGGGACUCCGACUUCUCCGACUCGCUGCUCAAGCUCAGCCAGCUGCCCAUGCCGGAGGGGAGCAAGGGGGAGAUCAGGAAGAAGUGCAGCGCCAUCAACCACUUGUACUAAAUGCAUUGCAUGCAUGGACACAAGACGACCACACAGAGACGAUGAUCAACGACGACUAUGCUUGUAGUAGAUUGAUUUGGCUUUCACACAUCCAUUCUUUUGAUUUCCAUUUGUUGUAAUUUGUUCUCUGUAAUUUCUCAGCCAUGUUAAUCUGUUACAUAAGUUAAUCAUACAAAUCUGGAUAUAAUAAAAAUAUAAUUAACUGCGAUGUUAAUUAAUCA